CCCAUCCCAUGAUGCAAUACCCGCAGCCGUGUGAGCAAGAUCAGCGAAAGCAAGGAAGAUCCGGUCUUCCGCAUGCAACACUGCACAAGCGUCGUCUUUACACAGACUAGGGCGAUUCUGGGGAAACUUCCGAGGGUUUUGCAACUUACGAGCCACCUCACGACGUCGGGAAGAAUGGAGAACGGGCCCGAAGGAGCGGCUAGCGCGGCGGCUGCCACCACCGCGGCGGCCGGCGGGGAACCGGCUGUGCAGAAGACCGAGGCACAACUGAAGAAAGAGGCGAAACAAAGGGCGAAGAUGGAGAAGUUCCAGGCCAAACAGGAGAAAAUGGCAGCACAGAAGGGCGAGAAAAAGUCAGAAGAAAAGAAGGAGAAGAAGAAGGAAAAAGAGGUCGUGACAUACGACAUUCAGACCCCGCCUGGGGAGAAGAAAGAUGUGGCCAGUGAAAUGCCCAAUGCUUACAGCCCCAAGUACGUAGAGGCAGCCUGGUACCCCUGGUGGGAGAAACAAGGAUUCUUCAAACCUGAGUAUGGGAGGAAGAGUCUACAGGAACCCAACCCUAAGGGACAGUUUGUGAUGGUGAUCCCCCCUCCCAACGUGACUGGUUCGCUCCACCUGGGUCACGCCCUCACCAAUGCCAUUGAGGACAGCAUCACCAGAUGGCACAGGAUGAAAGGGAAGACAACUCUGUGGAACCCCGGCUGCGAUCACGCAGGCAUCGCUACGCAAGUCAUCGUGGAGAAGAAACUCCAGAGAGAGGAGGGUCUGUCUCGUCACGACAUUGGGAGGGACAAGUUUGUAGAGAAGGUCUGGAAGUGGAAAAAUGAGAAAGGAGGGCGGAUCUAUGAGCAGCAAAGGCUGAUGGGAAUCUCUGUGGACUGGGAACGUGCAGCCUUUACUAUGGAUGAGAAACUGUGCAAUUGUGUGAAGGAAGUCUUUGUCAGGCUCCAUGACGAGGGGAUCAUCUAUCGUAGCAACCGGCUGGUCAACUGGUCCUGUCGCCUCAAUUCUGCUAUCUCUGAUAUUGAGGUUGAUAAGAAGGAGAUACCAGGCCGUACCCUCCUGGCUGUGCCGGGGUAUGAGGAGAAGGUUGAGUUUGGUGUGCUGGUGGAGUUUGCCUACCCUGUGGAGGGAUCAGAUGAGGAGAUUGUUGUUGCGACCACCCGUAUUGAGACCAUGUUAGGAGAUACGGCUGUAGCUGUGCACCCACAGGACGACAGAUACAAGCACCUCCACGGGAAGUUUGUCCUCCAUCCCCUGUUGGAGCGCCGCAUGCCCAUCGUGUGUGACGACUUUGUGGACAGGGAGUUCGGCACAGGUGCUGUGAAGAUCACCCCUGCCCAUGACCACAAUGAUUACGACUGUGGGAAGAGGAACAACCUGGACUCUGUCACCGUCAUAGAUGACAGCGGACUCAUGACAGAAGACUGUGGGGACAGGUUCAAGGGCAUGAAGCGUUUCCAUGCCAGGAAGGCCGUGUUGGAGGCUCUGAAAGAGAAGAACCUGUACAGGGGAACAAAGGACAACCCCAUGGUGGUCCCAACGUGCAGUCGUUCUAAGGACGUGAUAGAGCCCCUACUGAAGCCCCAGUGGUACGUCAACUGUAAGGACAUGGCCGCUGCUGCUGUGGAGGUUGUUCGUAACGGUGAGCUGAAGGUGAUCCCAGACUUCCACGAGGCGACGUGGUACCGCUGGAUGGAGAACUGCCGUGAUUGGUGCAUCUCCCGCCAGCUGUGGUGGGGACACCGCAUCCCAGCGUACUUCAUAUUAACUGUCAACGACCCCAGCAUUCCACCAGGAGCUGAUGUUGAUGAGAAGUACUGGGUCAGUGGCAGGGACGAGGCUGAGGCUCGCAGGAAGGCUGCUGAGAGAUUUGGGGUGUCAGAAGACAAGAUCUCUCUCAGACAAGAUGAGGAUGUUUUGGACACCUGGUUCUCCUCUGCCUUCUUCCCCUUCUCCAUAUUUGGCUGGCCGGAACAGACCGAGGAGUUUAAGUUGUUCUACCCCGGGACCCUCCUGGAGACAGGACAUGACAUCCUGUUCUUCUGGGUUGCUCGUAUGGUCAUGAUGGGACUCAAGAUGAUCGGCAAACUGCCCUUCAAGGAGGUGUACCUGCAUGCGUUGGUGAGAGACGCCCACGGCAGGAAGAUGAGCAAGUCUCUGGGGAACGUGAUCGACCCUGUCGAUGUCAUCAACGGCAUCACGCUGGACAACCUGCACAAACUGCUGGAGAACAGCAACCUGGACCCACGGGAGGUCGCACGGGCGAAACAGGGACAGAAAGAGGAUUACCCCAACGGUAUCCCAGAGUGUGGCACAGACGCCCUGAGGUUUGCCCUGUGUGCCUACACCUCACAAGGCCGUGACAUAAACCUGGACGUGCUGCGUGUCCAGGGUUAUCGCUUCUUCUGUAACAAGAUGUGGAACGCCACCAAGUUUGCCCUCAGCAGCCUGGGGGAGGGAUUCCAGCCCAGGUUUGAGGCCAAGCUGUCCGGUAGUGAGCGUCUGAUUGACCAGUGGAUCCUGAGCAGACUGGUGGCCGCCGUGGACGCCUGUAACCGCGGGUUUGAGAACUACGACUUCCCCCUGGUGACCAACGGCGUCUACAACUUCUGGCUCUACGACCUCUGCGACAAGUAUCUGGAAAGCAUCAAGCCCAUUAUCUACGGGAAAGACGAGGCAGCAAAAGAGACGACCCGGCAGACGCUGUACACCUGCCUGGAGGUGGGCCUGCGCCUUCUCAGCCCCUUCAUGCCCUUCAUCACUGAGGAACUAUGGCAACGGUUACCACGACGAUCCAACGAGGCCCCGCCCAGCAUCUGUGUGGCGUCAUACCCAGAGGCAGAAGAGUUUCCAUGGAGACAGGAGAACCUGGAGGAAGAGCUAGACUUUGUUCACGAGGUGAACUGCAGAGCACGGUCCAUCCGGGCAGAGUACAACCUCACCAAGCAGAGGCCUGAACUGUACCUGCAAUGCUCGGACAACUCGGUUGCUGGGAUGUUGAACAAGUACACUGACAUCAUCACCAUCCUAUCCCAGAGUGGAAAGGUCGUGACCCUGGUGGACCAGGCCCCGCCCGAGGGCUGUGCCAUCCUCACUGUGUCCGACAAGUGUACUGUGCACCUCUUACUCAAGGGCAUGGUGGAUGCCUCGAAGGAGAUCACUAAGCUGGAAGGGAAGAAGUCGAACCUGAACAACCAGGUGGACAAGAUCCUGAAGGAGAUGAGCAUCCCUGACUACGAGAACAAGGUGCCGGAACAGGUGCGGCAAAGGAAGGACGAGAGGAAAGCACAGAUGGAAGGGGAGAUAGAGGCCAUCACCAAGGCUAUUGAGAACUUCCAGAAGCUUCUAUGAGCAUCUAGGCUUUAGCUGUUCAACUUGACCCCCUGUCAAGGAAUUGGGACCAUCCAUAUUUCUAUAGGGUCAUCAGCUUUUGGAAUAGUCCACCUUAUGGAAAAGGGAUGAAAUAAAUUUCGGCAAGUUUAACUUUACAGACAGAAAUUUAUGUUGGUAUGAAUUGGAGAAAAUAUUUAUCAUCAUCUAUUAUUUCCAUGCAAAACUCUUCUACUUAUUGAUACUUAUACAAACAUGAAUACAACUGUUGAAAAUGUUUUAUGAAAAUGUAGAUACAAGAAAAAAUGUUAGGUUUAUUCUCUACAUGUGAAUUUAAAAGUUUGCGUCACCCAACAUUGUUUAUGUGUAGGUAUACCACAUGUAUGGAUUAUUCAGAAGAUAUUACUUAAGUUUUAAGGUAUGAAAUGGAAUGAUGAAAAAGGACUCAUUCUGGUGAAGAAUCAAGUAAGUUGCAAGUCUGUUUUCAAAGUAUUAAGAUAGUCAAUCAAGUGAAAUUGUAUCAAAAUAAUGCAACUCAUAAUCUUCUCAUGUGGCUGAAAUAUAAUGUCAUGAACCAAACACUUCUUGGGAGGGUUCACAUCUUCCAAUAUUACGAAACACUUCAAUCUAUAGACUAUACUACAAGAAAGGCAGACUGUUUAAGUGUUAAGACUGCAAAUUUAUGUCAUAGGUAAAG